AUGGCUAACCAAUAUUCAAAAAGACUUGUUCACAGGCCCAGGAAUCCUUUUGAAAAAGAUCGACUGAUUAAAGAAAUGCAAAUUGUAGGAAAAUUUGGAUUAAAAAAUAAACAUGAGCUUAGGCUUGUAGAAAAAAUUUUUGCUAAUGAUAAAAAAGAAGCCCGUCUGCUUCUUACUUCUUUAAAUAUUGAAGAUCUUUGUAUUAAUGCUAGAAAUUUAUUACAUAAAUUAUGCACUAAUGGAGUUCUUAGUGGAAUUGAUUUGACUUCUAAGGAAGAAAUCCACAAUGGUCUUAACAGUAUUUUAGAUUUAACUAUUGAUAAUUAUUUAGAGAGAACAUUACAGUACAGAGUGUAUUCUGCAGGACUAGCCAAGUCUGUUCACCAUUCUAGAUGGUUAAUUACUAAAGGACAGAUUAGCAUACAAGGAGUGGUAAUUAAAAGGCCCAAUUAUGUUGUUAAAGCCGAUGAAGAAGCAUUCGUAGAAAUUACAUCAUAUUCUUGGUCUAACAAUACUAAGAUUACUAAAAGUCAAAAGAAAAAAGCUAAAAAUGGAGAUGAAGAAUAA